UUGCAGUCAACCCUUGAGUAAAGUGGACGUUGCAUUUGCUUCMCCACUUGGAAUAYCGUUAACAGAAAGUUCAAUCAGCUCGGUCAGCCACAGCCCAAUUAAAGAGCAAACGAUGGAGAGCCCGCGCUUUGAUCAAGUGAUGGARAAGACCUCAUUUGCCAAUCAAACCCUAACGAAGGAAAAAGUGAYGGAAAAGACCCRCUUUAUAAACCAAAGCCCAACAAAAGAAAAAUUCUCGGAAAAUUCACCACGCUUUCAGUACACAUUCAAACAAGCCGAUCCUUCAACGACAAAUAAAAUGUAUUACAUCAACAUGGCAAGUGRCAUCACUCAAGGAGCAUGCGCAGAUGAUGAAACAUCUGUACGUUCGUACAAUGACAAUGUACCUCAAUAUUCCCCAGGUAUGACUCCAAGGACAAAUAUUCUGUCCCACAUGGCUAAGAGCAAAGUAUCAUGGGUUGAGGAUACUUUACAAAAUCGCAUCGAAACAGCACAUCGAAAGAGUCCAAUCCUAAUCAAAGGAARAAACCCYAGCAAMUUUGAAACUCCCUACGAGAAAAACCAGAGAACGAAAGAUAAUUCYACCAAGGGAGUGAGGGACGGGCGCCGAUUUGACCUAUUGCCCAUAUCAAAAUACCUAGCUCUGUCCAAGCGCGAAGAUWRCACGCACCAAGAAACUCGCCUUCCCCUCGUGCGGAUAAGYUCUGUGCAAAAAAUCCAAGUAUUYUAYAACUCAAGACAAUGCUAUCCAAAUACACUACAAAGGCAAAGGCUUCCAAAAACAUUUUUUGCGCAAAAAAACAUUUUCAAGCCAAGAGAACUUCGUAGUCAACCAACAAGGGGGGAAGCMGCGUUCGUUGACAUACGUGAACAAUUACCGCGUCUAUAUAAAAAGCAAUACAACGCGCCUGUUGUUGAAAUGGGAAGAGAUCAGAAAUUGUCUGGUGGGAUGAAAGAAAAAGCUAAGAUAUCGUUGCCUUCAGUAUCUUAGUGAACUGUCAGUCAACAGUUUUUUUAAAAACUCUCUGUGAUUUAUAAAGCCUCUAUGAUACUAUUUCUUUCACUCAGUAACUUAAAGUUGUUACACUUAACCCGUGAAACACUAAUGAAACAUAGAAAACAAAGUAAGGUAUCUACCAUUUCACUGGUUGAGUGUAAGGACUGUAGUAACAAAAAAUUGUCGCUAACCCUUUUCGCUUUCGCAGCUAGUUUUAGUUUGCCUGUAAAUCCAAGGCACUAAUGCUGGCCUUGGAGCCAUUACUAACUCAAGCUCCUAAGACAAUAUACUUAUAAUAAUAUAUAUUUGCCUAAAUCUACACAGAUGAUUUCCAUGAAGGACCCAUUGUAUACAAGACAAUAUAAUCCACUAAUGUGUGAAAAUUAUCUAAAAGAGAAGGAACAAGAUAGCAUGAAAACCUUUGCUCUGGUUCCUUUCUAUCUACUUCACUAAGUGAAGUUAAAAAUGCUGACUUUAGUUAAAAAGGAAGUGACAAUGGAAGGAAAAAAGGAAAAUGAACAACUUCCAUUCCACUUCCUUCACUUCAUCCAUAAAAAAUGUAGCUGCAAUUGAGGUCAAAGUCAUUAACUUUACGGCAUUUUGACCUGACUGGUAAACACUGUAAUAUUGUAACUGUUAGAGUGCAAACAUUAUAGGUGUGCAACAAUAGAAAACAAUAUAAUKAGCAUACUUAUKAAAAAGUUUGUACUAUCAACUUUAUGUUGCACACCUGAAGUGUUUGUCAUAUCUCAUGUAAAAGAAGCUUGAAGGUUGAUAAAUAAAAAUGACAUUCAAUCCAAUAAUAUUUGUGAAGCAGCUUUUAUUGUACAGAAAUUCAAAGCACCAACUUAAAACUGGAUCAUUUGUCCCUGAAAAGAACAAAAACAUGAAUGUAAAUUUAUUUAUGCAGGAUUUGAUUUCAUUAAUUAAGGAAACAUUUGAAAUAUUAAAAACUUGAAAACAACGCAAGGCAUUGUAUACAUUCUUUCCCUUCACAUUAAAAC